AUGAUGCAAACUUGUGCCGCCGCGGCCGUCUUGGCUCUCCUGCCGCUCUUGGCCCACGCCGGUAAUGAUGCCCCAAUUGCGAUCCAGAACCUCAUCUGGGAAAACAUCUCGGGCAAGCCGAAGAUGCCUUCGGAUCCCAAGACGGCCAACCCGUGCAACGUGUGGUACAACAAUGACGGCACGGUCGACUGCGAAUCCGUCAUCUUCCAGACGUCGACAGACAGGGCUUCGUUCCUGAAUUGGAACCCGAGCAUCACCAGCAGCUGUGGCAACUUUAACAAGGGCCAGUCGUACUGCCUGGAUGGCAGCGCGGCCACCACGUCGUCGACCAACACGCCGCCUCCCACCACCACAACGUCGACGCCGCCGUCCACAACCACAAGCGCUGGCAAUAGCGUGCAGACGCCACAGCCGACGCAGGGGGACAUGGUCGGCAACUGCAACAGCUUCCACUACAUCUACAAGGGCAACACGUGCGGCCAAAUCACGUCCUACCACUCCAUUACCCAGGAGCAGUUUGCCCGAUGGAACCCCAAGGUCGGCAAGGACUGUACCGGCCUUGUGGCAGACGCCUAUGCGUGUGUGGGAGUCAUUCAGGACUCGACUCCCACCCCGACACCAACCAGCACCACCCCAUCCAACGGUGUGCAGACGCCGCAGCCAACGCAGCCGGACAUGGUCAAGAACUGCAACAGCUUCCACUACAUCUACAAGGGCAACACGUGUGACCAGAUCGCAUCCUACCACUCCAUCACCCGAGAGCAGUUUGCCCGAUGGAACCCCAGGGUCGGCGCCGACUGCUCGGGCCUUUGGGUAGACACGUAUGCCUGCGUCGGGGUGAUUGGCGAGGACUACCCGACACCGACGCCGACGACUCCGUCCAACGGCGUACAGACGCCGCAGCCAACGCAGCCAGAUAUGGUUAAGAACUGUAAUAAGUUCCAUUAUAUCUCCAAGGGCAACACAUGUGACCAAGUCACAUCCUAUCAGUCCAUUAGCCAGGAGCAGUUUGCCCGAUGGAACCCCAAGGUCGGAAUGGACUGCUCAGGCCUGUGGGCAGACACGUAUGCCUGCGUCGGGGUGAUUGGCGAGGACCACCCGACACCGACGCCAACGGCCCCGUCCAACGGCAUCCAGACGCCGCAGCCCACGCAGGGAAACAUGGUCAAGAAUUGCAACCAGUUUCACUACAUCUACAAGGGCAACACGUGUGCGCAAAUCACCUCGUACCACCACAUUUCGCAGCACGACUUUGCGACGUGGAACCCGCUGGUUGGCGAGCAGUGCGCUGGGCUGUGGGCAGACGCCUACGCGUGUGUUGGCGUGGAAUAA